GCGGCGGCGGCGGUGGCGCGCACGGGCGGAGCGCGCGGGGCGCCUGUGAGGGGGCGGGGGCAGAAAGGAGGGGAGGGGAGAAGCAGCGGAGCGGCCGGCCUUCCCUCAGACCGACCGACCGACCGACCGAGGAGGAGGAGGAGGAGGGGCCGCCGACCAAGCCCAGCCAGCGGCAUGGCGGCUGGGCGCGAGCCGCCGCCGCCGCCGCCGCUCCCGCCGCCGCUGCUGCUUCUCUCUCCUACCUCGCCUUCUCGCUUCCCCGCCGCCGCCCUGGCCGCCUCCCGAGCGCCGAGGCCCGCCGCCCACCACGACGACGACGACGUCCUGCUCCUGCCCCACUGACCGCCUGAGGGGAAGGAGAGCGCCUGAGGGAGGGAGGGAGGGAGAGGCACGAGGGGGAGACCAGAGACACCCCCCCCCCGGCCAUGGAGCUCGCCAAGCCGGUCUUCCCCGCGCUGCCGCAGCCCAAAGAGGACUCUGAGGUGAGCUGGGGGGGGGGGGCGGCGGCGAGGGUCUUCUUCUCCCCCCUCCUCUCCCCCUGCCCGCCUUUUCCUCCCCUCCUCCUCUCCCCCCUUCCGACGCCUCAGCAUCUCAAUGGCUGGAAUCGGUCACUAGGCGGGCUGUGCUGUCUGUCCUCUACUACUUACACACACACACAAAAGACACACGCAUCGUGGGAAGGGGGGGGUCGCGCAGGUGCCCCGCUUGCAACGACGGGGGGGGGGCUUGAUAAUGGCCUCCUCCCACCCUUGGGUGUUUGGACCCUUGUGGGUCUUCAAGGGUUCCCGCCCCCCACCCUCCUCCCGUUUUGGGGGGUGUGUGAAUUGGGGGAGACACCUUUCUCGGUUGGGGCGUGUCGCGUUGUGGUUCACCCAGCGCCCCGUGUUCAUACGUGUGAAUGUGUGUGUGUGUGUUUUAUAUGUUCUCUCUUUACCCUAUUAGACCUGGCAUAAUUUUUCUGCCACACCAUUGUGGCAGUGCUGGGGUGUGUGUUUGGAGGGGGGAGUGGUUAACAUUUUGUAGCCUGCAGCUUCUUUUGGGAAGUCCCACAACUCAUCUCCUUUUUCCAUUCUGCCCUGAAUGGGUGUGUGUGACUCUUCACACUACAUGGGCGCAUUUGACUCAGCAUCCGUUUACUACAAAAAACGGGAGAAUACAGCAACACCGCUUAAAGAGUGAUGUUCUCUUUCUUCCACCCUAUAAUACUGGUUGUGGGUCAGGGCUUGAAGUGACCAGGAAAGAGGUAUUGGGGUCAUGCAAGAUGGUUAGAUGAAAAGGUAAACCCGGUAUGUGUAAAAGGAGAUGUCCAUGUUAGGUAUCCUUGGGAAAUAAGGUUGCCCAUAACAAAAAGCCCUUACACAAAUCUGUUUGCCUCACCUCAGAAAGGCCAUUGUGGCACUGGAAAAACUGGAAAAGGGCAACCCAAAUAUCAAGUGGCGGCAGCAACUCUCCUAUGUGGAAAAGUUGUGACAUUUAAGGCUUUUUAAUUUAGAGAAAAGGCGCAUAAGAGGGCUAAAAAAUUAUGCAUGGUAUAGUAAAAUUGGAUAGAGAAAAGUUUUUAUACUCAGUGCCAAAAACAAGGAUCAUUCUGCAAAGCUAAAUGUUCAAUAUUCAGGACAGGUAAAAAGAAGUACUUCACCCAGUGCAUAUUCAGUUGCAGAAGUCACAACAAUAAGACGCAGUGAUGGCCAUCAAUGAUGGUUUGCUUUAAAACUGGUUUAGACAAAUUCAUGGAGGGUAUGAUUAUCAAUGGCUACUUUUCAUGAAUCAGUACAAUGCAACAGCAAAAAACACAUGCAAUUCUAGCCUGCACUGACAGAAGUAGUGUCCAGAUCAAGGAAAGAAAUAGCACCACCCUAUUCUGCCUUGGUCAGAACCCACCUGGAGUGCUGUGUCCAGUUCUGGGCACCAUAGUUUAAUGAGGAUAUUGACAAGCUGGAAUGUGUGCAGAGGAGGACAACCAAGAUGAGCAAGGGUCUGGAAACCAAGCCUUACGAGGAGUGCUUGAAGGAGAUGGGGAUGUUUAGUCUGGAAAAGAGGAGACUGAGAGGAGAUAUGAGAGCCAUCUUCAAAUAUCUGAAGGACUGUCACGUGGAAGAUGGAGCAGGCUUGUUUUCUGCUGCCUGGGGGUGGGGGACUUGAACAAAUGGAUUCAAAUUACAAGAAAGGGAAAGCCAACUAUACAUUAAGAAGCACUUUCUGAUGGCAAGAGCUGUUCAGCAGUGGAAAGGGCUCCCUCAGAAAGUGGUGAACUCUAUUUCAUUUGAAGUUUUCAAAUAGGGGUUGGAUGGCCAUCUCUCAAGGAAUGUUUGGUUGUCAUUCCUGUAUUGCAGGGGGUUGAACUACCCUUGGGAUCCCUUACAACUCAACGAUUCUAUUAUUCUAUGAUAGCUGUGCAUUACUAGAGGCAGUUGCUGUGCUCAUGUUGCAUUCAUAUCCUGCUGGCAGGCCUCCCAGAGGCAUCUAGUCGUCCUCUGAGAGUAGAAUCCUGGACUAGAUGUGCCCAUAGUCCCAUCCAGCAGGUUUUUGAAGGUCCAUGUUAUUCAGUCCUUCACCCUACAGAAUUCCAGGGUUUUGUCACUGCCAGCAUCCGUCUCAUUCUCUCCUGUUUAGCUGCUUCUACCUGACAAAGGUUUAUUGAGAAACCUUACCCAGUGGUGUGUACCUUUGCUCAUUCCUACUUGUGUUUGUCGGCUCAUAGAUUUAUUAAUUCUCUUUUUUCCUCACCUUAUAUAUUACACCAAAAGCAAGUUGCAGGGCAGUAAAAUGCCCACCUGCAAUAAAACAGCAGACAAUAAAAUUAAGAUAUAAUAAAUCCUAAGUGGUGGUCUUAAACUUUUUCUCAUGUACAGCCCCACUUGGUGCUUCCUACUGUUUCACACACCCCUAUGCGCAAACAAUCAUGCUGUACUUCAUUUCUAUUUUUAGACUCUCCCAUUUCCUUUCAGAAUCCAGAAUGAUCUUAACUGCUGUUUGAUUUACCAUCCCUGUUUAGCAAUAAUUGUGCAUUGUAAGGAAUGUAAGGUUUUCCCCAUUGCCCCAACUCUGUCAGCUGUGUGAUGUAUUAAAGUACUGGUACUUUUAAAAAUUAUGGGGGGGGGGCACACAGAAAAUGCUGUCCUUCAUGCCCUUGCUGGCCAGCCUGCUUCAUGGAGGGGCAGUUCCAUGCAGGAGUUUCUCCUCAGCCGACAUAUCUUGUGAGGGGACAAAAGAAAAACAGAAAUUAAAAUCAGUGUUCCAAAUUCGCCAGGCGCAUUUUGCGCCUGACUGUUGGCCACUUGCGACCAAGUGAAGCUGCCUGGGUGCCAGGAUGGUGCCUGACAUCUCCAUCAUCUGGAGAUGCAUGCCUGGGGAUCAUGGGAUCUUGACUGUUUUCACACACUAAUGCCACACCCUGUAGAAUUCUAUCCUUGAUAUUUUACCUACAUAAUCAGAACAAAUUUCAGGAACCAAAAAGCCAUCUGGCCCAAAAAUGGCAACUUGACAUUCCGUUUUGGUGUCUAUAACCCUGGUUUAAGGAGCUAUUUGGUGCCUAGCUAAUAUUGAGUUUCUAAGACUGAUUAAACUAUAGCCCAACCUUUUAAAUCCUGUUUUAAAACCCAGUACAUUAAAUUGUGGAAAGCUUUAAAAUAGAUGCAGGUUUACUGAUUUUAUUGGCUAUUCAUCCUUUUUAGUUCUGCAUCAGCUACAGUCAGCUACAGGCCUAUGCUGAGCAUGUUGCAAUAACCAAGUCUUGAGGUUUUAAAUCAUGAAUAGCAGUUGGUACAUCUUAGUCUGGGGGAAAAAGCCUAGCAAUCUUCUCAUCUGGAGGUGCUGGAGAAAAAAUGUUCUAAGCCACUGUUGCUCUUUGAAGGUCCAGACACAGCAAUGUACCCUGGAGCUCAUAAAUAGAGGAGGUAAAAUUAUAAGUCCUCCAUUCCUUCCAAUUUACAGUGCUUAUAAUGCAUCAUUACUGUCAUAUUGUUGGGAUACAGAGUCAUUCAUUUUGACCACAUCACAUCUGAACCAUGGUCAGAUGCUGACUUGCAGAUACUCUUAGAGAGAAUCUGACAAGACCACAUGCCUAUACUGUGUGAGGCAUAUAUCUGGGCAGGUUUUAUGAAGUUUAGAUUUUUCAAAAUGGAACCAACUCCAUUUCAAAGGCAUGAGAUAAGCAGAACUUUAUUAAAACCUAAAAAUAUCAUUUUGGAGUGACAGAUAAAAACUAGUAUUUGUUCAAAUCGAAUAGUGCAGCUUAUCCAAUUGUUAGAUUGCAAACCUGUUGUGAUUGUCCACAUUAAAUUCUCUAAGACACCAUAGCCUGUUGAAAUAUUUAAUAAAUAUGUAAACAAAGAGCAGUAAUUGGAAUUUGCAUGAUAUGCAUUUAACUGUAAUUCUCCUUUAAAAUACAUAAUCAUAGCAAAUGCCAGAAUUCUGUGAAAGCUCAUUGGUAGGAACAGAUCAGAAAUAGUGAAUUUGUAGCAACAGUAUGAGUAAUAUUUAAUGCAUGUGCUUCUAAAUCAGUUUUUAGCAAGAUAUGUUCAUAUUUUAAUAUGAAACCAACAGCUGACCAUUUGCACUUAACUGUUGUUCAUUCAACACUUUCUAGAUUUGUAAAUAUUCUAUAAAAAGCAGGUUGCCAAAUAUCUAGGAUCAAACCAGCUUUUAUUUGGCACGAAAGUAUACCUUUCAAAAUGCAAAUAGGUAAAAACUAAUGCAGAGGAGUUAAAUAAGUCUAGCAGUUCAUUCUGCAUGUUUCCUGCUUCUCUACCACUCCAAAAGGAGCUGUCAAUGUUAUGCCAGAGCCUUGCUGGAAUUGUUGGCAGCUGUCUGUCUCUAGACAGUGGAAGAGUGUCCAUUUGGGGGUGAAGUCAAGCUGUUGGAAGACUGCAGCGCCUGAUGUGGCUGCAGAGACCUAUAGGGGACAGACAUGUUGCAGCUGGGGCAGAUGAAGGUUCUGGUUUUGCUGUGUCUCUCUGUGCUCUGCUGCGGACAGUGGAGUUAAUGUUGCCAGUCUUCAUGUCAUGUUUGCAGACAUCUUUGUAAUGCAGAGUUGGUCUGCCAACAGGCCGAGAGCUCCCUGUGGAGCACAUCCUUGGGGAGGAGAGUUAAGAAUGUUGAUUCCAACAGACAAAAAUCAGCACUUGAUAAAAAUUCUUGCUGCUGCUCUUGUCAUUUCUAACAACUCUUAGAUAUGCUUUUUGUGAGCACCCUUGACAUUACAAAACUUCCACUCUGGGUAGUCUUUUGAUUCCAAGCACACUUAAAUGUUCUGUUGAAUCUCAGAAGGCCUUUUUAAUGAUGAAGUAAAAGUCUGUUUGAUGUCUGAAAAACAUGUCUAUUCAGGAUCUGGAAUUUAACUACGGUACUUACUAACUGAAUAAAUGUGUAUUCUUUUGCUUUGCCUAUAUAAAAGUUGUAAUUUGCAAGACUCCUUUUUGUUGACAGUCUGUGAAGUUUCUGCUAGUUAUGUGAUUGAAGCUAUAAUUCAUCAUUCACUAUUCAAACUGUAAUUAUGUUAAUGAGAAAUAUACACAAUUUAACAUGUUGAAUAAGAUGUAACUUAGAUCAUGUUAUAUAUGUGUGUAUCUUUUCCACCCAGUUCAAAGACUUAAAAACAUUGCAUCUACCAGAUUUUCCUUGAAAAACAGUUGGUUCUCUUAAGGGCAAUACUGAAAAUUAUUGUUAAGUGAACACUGCAUUUUUUUCUCUCUCUCUAGGACUGGACAUAUCCAAUGAGAAGAGAGAUGCAGGUAUGGCUGUUUCUUUUAAUCAAAGCUAGCUAAUGGUUCAUUAGAUACUCGGUGGUGGUGGUGGUGGUGCUGCUAGGAUUUAGCAAAACCAUAUGCCCUGAGACACUUAGGUGUGCUGCAGAGGUACACUGGGGACGAUUGCUCUGGAAACACCCAAGAGAAGACUUGGAAUGACAGGACUAACACACAGGGAUAGUUGUAAUUCGAAGUGCAGUUUUGGGCUACCAAGAAAUUUGUUACCUUCCUUUUUUUGCCCUAGACUCACACCCAGUUUCUCUCAUUCAUCUAGGCAUUGUCUUGCAUUAAUGUCCAGUUGAGAGAGACCUACUCAAGGUCCCCAGAUCUGUGACCUUCCCUUUCCUCGCUGUCUUUUUGGGCCUUGUGGGCAAUUCCCAACCCUAACCUUCCUUCCAAAAAUGGUUGUCUCUGCUAUCUUUGCUCCUGGCCAGUUGGCUGCUCUCUGCACAAAUCUGUCACUCAUUCCCCUCUCCACAUGUUCCAGGAGCCUGCAGGGGCCACUAUUUCUUUGUUUGGAAGUUGCUGUUUCUCUCCUGGUCUGUGGACAGUGGGGAAAGCUGAUGCUCAUGCUGUAACACUCACUGAAUUUGUUCCUAAAUUUAAGAGUAAGACAACAAUUCUGUAGGUUGCUAAGUACUGGUCAUAUUUAGUGAAGGGAGAAAUAAAGUGAAUUUGCCUGGAUUGGCAGAUGCCUCGGCAAAGUAAAAUUAAAAUGUUAAUAGGCUAUUGCAACUCCCUCCUAAGCUUGCAGUUUGCAUAGGAAACUUCCUAAAUUCUAAGUCUUUUUUCUGGAUAGAGAGGGGAAGCCCUCAUGAUUUCUUGUAGAUGUAGGCUUUGUUCACAAGGAGUGGUUUGCAUGGCAUGCAAAAAUUUGGCAGGAAAAGCUCUUUCUAGCAUUGAGAUGCAGUGAAUUGUGGUUUGCUUGUUGGAUUUUCAUGUUAAGCAGCCAGAAGCCCUCCCAGAAAAGAGAGUACACCUCUUGUAUUGCAGGAACCUUGAGAAAUAGUUAAGUAAAACAGUCCAAAUGGCUCAAGUAAGCAAGCCACAUAGUGGGUAUUGGAGAAUCUUGGUUGUAGGCUAUCUAGUUCAGAGUGAUGGUAAGGUAGUAUUCAGAUGAGGAGGAAGCUAUGCAAUGAAAAAGUGGGGUGGUAUGUUAGCCUAUGUGUAAGAUCGCACAUCCUUUUCUUCUGCAUUUAGCAUAGAGCAACUAUACUGUCAGUGAGGUACAUUUAUCUCAGUCCUGUUACAUUCAAACCUUUGAAGGCUUUGAGAAGCCUUUGAGGAUUACAGGCAAGAGAAACAUUCUAGUCUAGAAGGAGCUGGUGGGGGAGGGAAGCUUGAGUUGCAGCUUCAGUGAGGCAAGACAGUUCCUGGAAUCUUAUUCUGGGAUAUUAUUACCUUGGCGGCAGGCAGCUCCCUGCUGCUUAGAUUUUUCUCUCCACCUCUCUGUCACCUCAAACUUGUUCAUGUUUCUCUCCCCCUCUGCUCUGUUUCUCAGGCAGAAUAUACCAAGUCAUUUAUCAUCAAAAAAUAAAUGCCUUUCUCAUUAUACUGUGCCUGAAUUCUGUUAGUCAAUACCAAGACGUGUGCUUGUGGUUUUCUCUCUGUCAUUGUCCUUUGCAAACUUAGUGGGUGGUUGGGGAUUUUCUCACCUCCUAUGUUUCUGUUGUGCAAGAUUCCCUCGUAGCCCCAGUGCCAGCAAUACUGGAAAAAAGUACCCAUUUCUCAGGUAAAACCACAGAGCUCUUUCCAGAUCCCAUAUAUGCAUCCGGUUAAUGCUAGUGUAAUUAAACUCUCCUGCUAGUGUUGGUCUUGUGUAGCUUCUACCAGAUUACUGAGGUAUAUUGAAUUUUCAUUCCUCUCUUUCUCUCUCCUUUUUUUAAAGGAAAUUUUACCUGGGUUGUUCCUGGGCCCAUAUUCUUCAGCUAUGAAAAGCAAGGUAGGUGUGUCUUUCUAGAAUAUUUUAAUGCUGGUCACUGCUUUUUUCUAGGAAAAAAUGGUACAGGAACUAAUCUUGAACAGACCUUGUACUAGUAGUACAAGGGACUCCCAGAUUAGACGGUGGUUCCAGGCCCCUGCACGCAUACCCAAAAUUGUAUAUAAUGGGAAGCACACUGGAGAGUCCUAGUGGUUCAAAGAGGAGACCCACCCCAAAGCCCAAAGAGGUCCCAAAGAGCCAGCAGAACUGACAUGCAAGGAGGUUUCUUCCCUGCGUGUCAGCUCUGCGUGUCUAGAGCGCAAAUGGUUGCCCUGACCAAUCUAAGCACCUUGUCCACAUCAUCGGUCCUUACUAACUAAAACUCAUCUAGCAUAACAGAGCUAGACGGUGCUCUGAUACCUCUCAAGGUUCAUCUGCUGUACGUGGAGUCGCGGUCCCGGUGUGGAUGCAAAUGAUUUUAUGAUCCUCAAAAUGCUUUGCAAACAAGUCACAGUAAGCUGCCGUCAGUUCUGUCACCUCCUUUGGGCCAGACUAAAAGGCCCUGCACUACCCGGAAAAGCUCUGCCGAAUGUCUCAGGAUACAAUGGAGACUGCAGAGCAUACUUUCUUAGCUGCCUUCACUGCUGCUGGGUAGGCCCAUUGUUCGAUUGCAUUUUACUGGAAUUUUCCUCCACUCGUGUUUGAGCAGUGCCCCAAUUUGUUUCCUUAGCCUAAGCUUUGGAGUACUCUGGGGAGCCAAAUGGGCGUAAUGAAGAGGGAAAAGGCACUCAGGGUGAUCGUGUCAACAGCCCAAGCCCUUUGGGUGUUCCAGAGGCCAUCUAGGGCUUUGACAGGAACGCCAAUCAUAUCAGCUAUCUGGAAAUCCUUUGGAUCCAUCAGCCUCCUAGGGCAGACUAUCUUAAUAGAUCCCCUGCCUCUGCAGAGGAGAAAAAGUGCUGAAAGCUUAAUCUCAGCAGGAAGUGAUCUGGCCAUGAGAAGGAACUGGUUUCAAUAUCCCCCACUCUUCCUGAUCACCCUCUUCCUGUCCAUUUCUGUGCCACUUACAAUAUAAAAAACUUAAGCGGUAUUUAAAAAAUCCCUAAAGCUGCAGUAGACCACUAUGCCACUAAUGUGUGGUGGUGGUUGUUUGGGGGUGUUAUUGGGUUGUUGUUUUCAUUUUGAUUCUGUAUUUUGUGGUUUUAUAUUCUGAUUUUAUUUUGUAAACUGCCCUUAGACCUGCGGGUAUAGGGCGGUAUAUAAAUUCAAUAACAACCACAAUAACUUGAACAACAACAACAAAUUUUACAAAAAUACAGUUACAUAUAAAAAUGUUACAUUAAUACACAAUUAUUGAUACAUGUAAACCAAUAUAAAUUCCUUCUCCUUGAUUGUCAUGUGUGAAUUUCCCCCCGUAGCAUUUUAAUUUUCUACUGUUUGCUAUUUGGACUCUGCUUGAGGAAAGACAGAGAAAGGUGUUUUAAAUAAACAAACUGCAAAAUGCACACUUUCUGUCUUUGAAUAGAAUUACACUGUUUAUUGAUGAGCUGCACCUUUGUGCCAACUCAAAACGACCAGAAGCUUGUCCAGCCUAUUUUGAAAGGUUCAAAUGAAUGUGGAAAGGAAAUUCCUUCUGAGUUUUUGUCAGCUUUAAACAAAGUCACCUUUUUAAAACAAAGCCACACAGUAACUUUGCAGGCUUCCGGCUUGUUUUGCACUGGCCACAAAAAUGAAUUUGUUGUGUGUGUUUGAUUUUAAGCUAUCAUGGUCUUACUGAACAUUUUAAAUAUCUAAAUAUAUUGUCUUAAUAAAAUGUCUUAAUAAAGCUAUCAGCUAUCAUGCAAUAUUAUUACUCUUGUUUGUAUGCUAGUUUAAAGGAGCUUUCACUUUUUCAAACAUUCAUUUUGCAGCUACCUAUACUUCAGAAACAUGGAAUUACCCAUGUAAUAUGCAUACGACAAAAUAUUGAAGCAAACUUUAUUAAACCAAACUUCCAGCAGUUAUUUAGGUAAGAAACCUGUAAAUCAAUGUUGUGAAAAUACGUCAUGUUCAAUGUGUGCUUGUUGUGCUAGUGUAGUUUUCAGUCUUUACACUGCAAAGCAAGAUUGCAGGUAAUGCUUAAACGUUUCAGUGGAUCACAAUAGUUGGCAGGUAUAUUGCAUAGCGUGAAUGUCAGAAAGACAGGUGCAAGAACUUCUUUAUGACUUCCUGUGAGGAAUGAGAUUGCUUUAAGGACAAGGCAAAAUGCUUUGGGUAGGAAGCAGGGACAGCGAGGGGUGUGGCUGGGGUAUUCCAAGGGCCAGAUAGAGAGGUUGGGGUACACAUUCGGCCCCCAAACCUGAGGUUCCUUAUCCCUGACAUAGUCCUUCCCACAGUUGCACUGUAUUCUUUUCAAAUAUGGCUGAAAGUGAUUCCUGUUGAACUUGACCAAAACUGGUGUUCAAAGACAGGAAGCCUAAGGACCAAACUACAGUGGUAUCUUGGGUUAAGUACUUAAUUCGUUCCGGAGGUCUGUUCUUAAUCUGAAACUGUUCUUAACCUGAAGCACCACUUUAGCUAAAGGGGCCUCCUGCUGCUGCCGCGCCGCUGGAACACGAUUUCUGUUCUCAUCCUGAAGCAAAGUUCUUAACCUGAAUCACUAUUUCUGGGUUAGCAGAGUCUGUAACCUGAAGCGUAUGUAACCUGAAGCAUAUGUAACCUGAGGUACCACUGUACAUGUUACACCACAGCUGCAUGUGGCGAUAGCCCAACAAGGGUUGCUCAGCUGGCAGUAUGACUUCCCUCAGUGAAAUGAAGAAGGAAGCAAUUUUCAGCUAUUCCCUUUCCCCUCCGCAGCCCUCCAUGCGCCACCAGAACUGUUCUGGAGAGUCCCCCAGCCUUCUGGAGCAGGUUUAGGAGCAGGGUGCUGCAGAGGGGGCGAGAAAUCAUUGAGAAAUUCUUGCCCCCUUUUUCCACUGACGGGGCAAGAAUGACAGUUGGAUACAACCCACAGAAAGCUGUCUUAAUGAUAAUCUAGAUCAGUAUUUUCUGCUUUGACUGGCAGUGGCUCUCCCAUGCUUUCAGAUAGUCUUUCCCAGCCCUGCUUGCCCUGGAAUGCAGAUCAGUCUUAAGAGCUGUUUUGCAGCAGUGAAGAGAAAGGAAGAUAGAACCUUACUCUGCUAGUAGUUUUUCUCCUGAAAUUCCCCUGAAGUCUUGCCUCAUGGGUUUCAUGAGGGAAUUUUGCAACAACAGAGAAGGGGUCAUUUGGCUAUCGUACAUUCCACUACAGAACAAUAUGUUGGACCUUUUAACUUUUAUAUUUAUAUUAUAUAAUAUAUAUUAUAUUUAUAUCCGCUUCAAAUGAUAAAAGAAACAUUUUUCAGACUGGGUGUUAAUGUUUUAGAAGAUGAGCGAUUCUGGUUGUGUACUUAACACACUUACUUUAAUUGUAGGUAUUUAGUCUUGGAUAUUGCAGAUCAUCCCAUUGAAAAUAUAAUCAGAUUUUUCCCGACGGUAAGUGUUUAGCAUGACUUGUGAGUUAAACUCUUUCAUCCUAAUAUCUUUCAGAAAUCAUGUGAGCAAAUGCAGCCCAAUGUGCAAGUGAAAAAGGAAGAAACAAUCCACCUCUGAAGCAGUUCAGCUAAAUUGAUAAAUAAUUCUUCCUGCAAUGUCCACCUAAUUUAAUGGUCUUGUGGAUAAGCCCCUGACUGGUAGUAUUGCUGGUUGCCAUGGGUACAGCCCUCUGGGAAGUUCUCCUGCAUAAAAGUGCUUUUGCAGGAUUCCCUUUCAUUUUAGCAUGCCGGAGAAACUUCCCAAUGAAUUGUACCCAUGGUAACUGUCAUAUCAGAUAUUAAGGGGGACAGGUCGCAGAAUGCAAUUCUCAGCUCAAAAAUGGCUGUGUCUGCUUGCUAUUCACUCUGUGCAAGAUAUCUGAGUUGCUUUCUCAGCAUCUGUCUUUUUACUUUGUGCACUUUGUUCUCUCCUGCCCCUUGGAUGGCCAUUGUCCAUGGCAGGCAUCUGCUGAAAGUGCACUCCAUUGACUUCUUGUGAACUGCUGGUAAUGGAGGGGGCCUCUUGAAAUGGCUGUGUGGAUGUCUGAAUACUUGUGCCAGGCCAAGCUGGCUAGGGAGUUUCAAGAAGCAGCUGGGGAGAGCCAUAUUUCUAGGCCCCCUUGCUGCUGCUUCAAGACAAGGAACACUAAAAACCUUAAUAAAAAUGAUGAGCUCUCCAUUCUGCUGUCCCACCCCCACAACAUCUUAACAAUAAUUAUGUUAGGAGCCCCCCCCCCACUUCCGUUCUGCCCUGUUAAAUUGCCAUGUCACUUUAAAAACUUUUUAAUGAAUCUUGGGUGUUAAUUCUUGCCAUAAAACUGAGCACUGAAAAAGUUGUUUAUUUUACAUGUUUUUAUUCUGCUUUUCCACUAAAAGUGCCCAGGGAGGCUAACAGCAGAAAUAUGGGCAGUGAUAAUUUUCCACGUGUUCGUUUGUGUGUGACUGCCAACGUGAGUGCCGUUUUUGGCCCUGGAAGGGGGCAGAAUGGGGUUGGGGGCUGGGUGUGCCAUGACUGGAACGCAAUCCCUGCACAAACAGGGAGUUGCCUGUAAUACUAUCCACAAUAAAAAUGAUAAACAGUAAUCAGAAUUUAAAAGAAAUGCAGUAGCUAAAGUCAUGGUUUAGGUUUUGGGGUAGAUAAACAUCACUGGUCGCCUGUAACCCAAGUGCUGUCAACAUUUUAUGAGCAGAUUAAAUCUUCACACUAUUUUUCUGGCCUGGCAGGAUAUGCCUUGAUUGCAUACAUCCAUGAGUUACAAAACACAUCUUUCUGCUUGGAAGUGUUGCUGUGAGAAUGUUGAUGUCCAUGGCAAAAUAUAAAUAUAACUAGGGCUACAAACACCACAUGUGGGAAUCUAGUUGCACCUUUCAGGGCCUUUGAGUUGCUGUACACUGGAUUCUGAGGAAGUAGUUUUAAACCAUUUCAUCUGCUGCUAUCAAUGUAAAGCAACUUGAAAGCAGCAGGUGUUUUUAGGGUGCUUUUUAAAAGCAGGUGCAUUUAAGCAUUUUUGAUAAAGUGUAGUAUUUUUUGUAUUGGCGUUCUAUUAGCAAGAAUACAAUAUAAAUAUGAUUAUGAUCAAUGUUUUAAGUCCUCAUAUUAUAAAUCUUUUGGGGCCCAAGUUAUUUACAAUUUCCUCGAGUGCAUGAUACUCUAGAACACACAAAUAGGCUGCAUUUGUGUUAAGAACUCUUUGAGAUGGCGGUAAUUGGAACGGAAUCUGUGUCUGUUAUGUUUUUCUUUAGACUAAGGCAUUUAUUGAUGGGAGUUUACAAACCGGAGGUACGUAUACUCACUUUGCUUGCCUAAGAUGCUUGAUACAAAUGUGUUGCUUUUUUAGCUACAUGUAAAUACAGAUGAAGGGACACGGGUGGCGCUGUGGGUUAAACCACAGAGCCUAGGACUUGCUGAUCAGAAGGUCAGCGGUUCGAAUCCCCGCAACGGGGUGAGCUCCCGUUGUUCGGUCCCAGCUCCUGCCAACCUAGCAGUUCGAAAGCAUGUCAAAGUGCAAGUAGAUAAAUAGGUACCGCUCCGGCGGGAAGGUAAACUGUGUUUCCGUGCGCUGCUCUGGUUUGCCAGAAGCAGCUUAGUCAUGCUGGCCACAUGACCCGGAAGCUGUACGCAUGCUCCCUCGGCCAAUAAAGCGAGAUGAGCACCGCAACCCCAGAGUCUUUCACGACUGGACCUAAUGGUCAGGGGUCCCUUUACCUUUACCUAAAUACAGAUGGGGUGGAUGUACUUGGUAAUGGACUGGGAUACAGUCCCUCUUGGGAAUGCUAUAAGAUGUGUAGUGAUAGUUGGUGCGAUCUAGUUAAGCCUUACUGGCCAGAUUUCUUGGAGGCUCAUUGGGGUACAUACCACAUAGCAGGUAAUGCAGAAGGACAUAAAGUUCCUGAGGCUCGAACUCUGCUUCCUGCUCAUAUGUGUUUUAAGGUGUUUAUGCUGAUUUUGCUACUGACUGUGUUUGGCUAUGCUAAUGAUUUAAAUUAAUUUUAAUAUAAGAAGAGCCCACUGGACGUUACGUGUUUGGAUCUUGUUGAGGACUGAAUGGUGGGAUAUAAACUAAAUAGUACAAAUAAUACAAAAUGCCUGUAAAACCUCUGGCUGGUUUGUGUAAAGCAAUUCUUUUCAUUCUCAGGAAAAGUUCUUGUCCAUGGGAACGCGGGGAUUUCUAGAAGGUAACAAGGCUCGCUUAUUUUUAAAAAUAUCCCCAGGCAUGGCUGACAUAUCUUAACUUGUUUUUGUUGGUUUGUUUUCUGUUUUUCAGUGCUGCCUUAGUUAUUGCAUAUAUUAUGGAAACAUUUGGAGUGAAGUACAGGUACAGAAGUGAUUUUAAACUGCUUUCCAUUCCCUGGAGAGAAUAUUGGUCUUCAACCGCUGAGUCAUGACAUGGCCAAAAUGGGAAUCUUGAGUGAUUCUACUGUAGAAUUGGAAGGGACCACGAGGGCCAUCUAGUUGUAGUUUGUUGUUAAUGCAGCUCUCCAUGUCUAGUGACUAGCUGAGUGAGACCCCGCUUUACAACAAGAAGGGAUUAAAAACAGUUGUACAACUUGAUCACCUAAGUGUUUCGAUAUUACGCAACUUUUUCAAAAGAAAAACUGCCCUAAAAUAUUGCAGACUGAAGUUGGCAAUACAGUGGUACCUCUGGUUAAGUACUUAAUUCAUUCCGGAGGUCCGUUCUUAACCUGAAACUGUUCUUAACCUGAAGCACCACUUUAGCUAAUGGGGCCUCCUGCUGCUGCCGCUGCCGCACAAUUUCUGUUCUCAUCCUGAAGCAAAGUUCUUAACCCGAGGUACUAUUUCUGGGUUAGCGGAGUCUGUAACCUGAAGCAUCUGUAACCUGAAGCGUCUGUAACCCGAGGUACCACUGUACAGGCCUAUGUGCCUGCUGUGUUCUUUCAGUGCCAGACCAAGUUGCCCCUUCUCUCUCCCCUUUCUCAGCCUUUGUGAUGGUGGUGGUUGUAACAGUUGCUACUGGUGCUGUGACCUCUCCCAGCAAAAAGACCAAGAUCUUUUUGUGAAAGGUGUGCACAUUCCCUCUGCACAGAACUUGCCUCCAAUACUGAUUGCCUCCAGUAUGCUCAUGAGUUGUUAUUCCUCCAUCGCCACCUCAGCUGACAUAGAGUGCAGUGCUUGCAGUACAUCUGACUUUGGAAUGACAGCCAGAGACAAAACAGGUCUUGGAUAUGCUGUAGGGCAAGGGAAUUCUGGGGUUGAAACAUCUGUAGAGAAUUCUGAUCCCAGUGAAGAGGGAGCCCCAGUGAUGGCCUUAUUACAAAGGAUGGAGAUGCAGUGAGAAUUUCUUAGGGGUAAUGGACUCUUGGGGAUAAAGAUUGGCUAUGUGGGUCAUUUGUUUUAUGUUUUAAUAGAGUACUUUAAGCCUGAGAUAGAUGAGGUUUGUGUGAUGGGUCCCAAGCAAGUGAGCUUAUGCACAAUAACUCUGUCUUGGUCCAGUGAAUGGAACAUUUAGCCAGGGUCCCUGGAUUUAAGUCCUACUUCUGCCUGGGGAUCAUUGUAUUCUCAGCUUCAAUUCCCCAUCUGUGAAAUAGGAGUGGCACUCAACAUGGGACUGUUGUGAGGAUGAAGAUGAUGAGUGGGGUGAGGUUUGAGUUUCACUUGGCCUCUUCACUUCAUCAGGCCUCGCACAACAGAUGUUCCCAUUGAGUUGGCCCCCUGUUCAGUGUUUAAUGCUUAUAACAUAAAUUUCACAUGUAACAGCAGGGUCAGUUCUCAGCAUCUUCUAUAAGGAAAAUCUGUUUAAGUAACUAACUGGACCCAGUUGUUGUUGGCUGUAAGCCUUUAUGGAGUUAAGCAGGUCUGGGCAUGACUAAUUCCUGAAUGGGAGCCCUUGUAUGUCAUUUCAAACUUUUUGAAGGCAAAAUACAGGCGUAGCUAAACUGAAAGUAAAUACCAAAAGAAUGAGUCAGAAACCAAAUGCAAAGUGGUAUUAAAGAUGAAAAUGGAGAAUCUCUUUCUUGUAGGGAUGCAUUUACAUACGUGCAAGAAAGAAGGUUUUGUAUUAAUCCCAAUGCUGGAUUUGUUCAUCAACUUCAGGUAAGUUGUUUUCCUACCUGUUGAUGAUGUAGAAAUAUGAUAUUCGUACUGAUGGUCUGGCCCGGCCUCCCCAAGUAUCUGAUAUGCAUUGGCUUAAAUGAAAAACUUCAUUAUAUCUUGCCUGGCUGUUUGGGGUGUUAAUUGGUACAUUACCGGUAUUUGGCCUUUUCUAUCAUUUUGUUUGCUUUGUACUGAAGAUGUGAGCAAUUCUAACAAAUGUAAAAUAUGUAAAACAGAAGCAUAAGAUACCUAACAUUAAAUAUAUUUAAUAAACAACUUAUCAGCUUUAUGUUGAUAACCACGUGGCCGGUGUAGAGCAGUAGGUCUCAACAGCAGGGGUCUCUGUGCCUUACAUGGCUGAACUUCAGGCUGGUGGCAUAAAAUCUCUUUGAGCCACAGUGUCCAAAAUUCUCUCAGAUGCCCCAUUUCUCCUCUGCUCUGGUAGACCAGGUGUAGUACUGGUCCAUGUUGACUCUUGAGUAGCUCACUGGUGCCUGCCCCUAAACAGUGGGUGUGGCUUUCUGGAAUUGCUCCGGUCAGCCAAAUAGAAGCAGUUACUUUUAUCCAGAACCACUCUUUCUCCUCCCUCAUCUCAGUUUCUUGCAAUAUUCCAGCCUUCAUGGCUGUAAACAUUUAUGUUCCUUUAGCUGCCCUCCCGUUCUUUUUAUCCCAGGAUCCCAAUGUCAGGUGAAUUCUUGCCCAUUUGUGCCAAUCCAGUCAUUCUGCUGCUGCUUCAUUUUUUAUUUUAUUUUUUAGGAAUAUGAAGCCAUCUAUCUAGCAAAGUUAACUAUCCAGAUGAUGUCUCCUCGGCAGCUGGAGCAAUCACUGUCUGUCAGUACGGGUGAGCAUAUCUUUCUGUGUAGCAGGGGCGGGGAAACAUCUUCAGCCCAAGGGGCACAUUUCCAGAGCAGUCACUGCCAAGCCUGCUUUCUCAAAGAUUUGCAUUGUAAUCCCCUCUAAAACAAAGGGGGAAACCUUCAUUUCAGCAGGGAAUUCCAAGCAGCCUCCUUCCUGAGUCAGAUUUGCAUGCAAUCCCUUGCUAACUGCUACCUCUACCCAGAAUAAAAUAGUAGUACUGGCGGUAUGGACAUCGUCUACCCUUCUUCAUGUACAUGCAUUUCUCCCCUUCACUUGCCCCCAAUACAAACCCCUCCCUAAUUAGGAAGGUGUAUGCAUCAAAACGCCCUGCUAAAAUGAAGGGGGGGGGACAUUGUUUUAGCAGCAACUUUCAAGGUCAAAUUACCAACUUCUUGAUGUCCUGUGAUUGACAAGCAUGCAGCUGCGCCCACCUGUCAAAUGUGCCCCCCUAGUCCAUUUAUGGUGAGGUUCUGGCCUGUGGAAUCGAAAAGGUUCCCCACACCUACAUCCAGAGUAUGAAAACUACCACGAGAAGCUACUCAAAGCUGAUGGAUUACUGAUAGAAACCAACCUGGUUCAUAUUUGAACUUCUUGUUGUCUUGAGUUAAGAAGUAGGAAGAGAAGCACAGGAAGACUGGCUGUUAACUAUUUUUGGAUGCUUAAAAUGGGCAAAACAUGGAUAGAAAAAUUGGCUUCUAAUUGGCAUUGUGCAGCAAAAUGAAAAUGUUUUGUAGAACAGGUCUGGUUCCACUCAAACCAUUUUGGAAAGCUUGUUUCUGUCCUCUUAGCCACCUUCUCCACCUGCCCCACCUGUUUUGCAGGAAGUCUGAAACGAACCCAUGAAGAGGAUGAGGAAAUCAGCAAUAUGCAAGCCGCAGCUCAGAACGGUUGACACCAAGGGCAGCACUCUGGACUUGCUGGCUGGAAAUUUCUAUUCAUGGCAGCUGCUAACGUCAGCAAGAUGAACAACCAGAUCUAUUUUUUAUAUAUAUAAAAUGGGAGAUGAGUCCAACUUCCUUAUGCAAACCUGCCCCUCCAGUAGCACACCAGGCAACACGGUUAAGGGUAUUGGAUUCCUUGACUGACUAGAUGGCACUGAUUGUUUUGCUCCUUUUUUUACACUUUAUAGUUUUACCCUAAACCAAGACUUUGGACUUGCAAAGAGGUAUUAUUGCAAUAAUGCACUUUUCAUACUUGAAAUUUCUUUAUUUGUAUUGAUAAAGUUAUUACUUAAACAAAACGUGGGGGGAAUGAUUUGUUUAUAAAGUUAUUUGUGUAAUUUAUAACAAGAGUCUUUAGUAAAAAAAGGAAAAGAAUGAAAAGAAACAACUUCCUAAAAUUCACUAUGGGUUGUAUUUGUUUCAUUUCCCAAGGCUUGAGGCAAAAGGAAACAAGUUUUAGUAGCUAUUGGAAAUCAUUGUUUUGGCCACCAUGAAGUCGUAAGAGCAAACUCAAGGUCUCUUCCAGAUUAAAUGGCUGCUCUUUUCUUGAUCCUUUCUGGCUUUUCCCUGAAAAGGCCUCCAAGAAGAUAAAUUUCCCCCAGCUUUAUGAAAAUCCACACGAAUUGACUCCUGACAGGCAAAUGCGGGUGUACAGCCUUACUGCUGAACGUAGCCGCCUAGCCAUAUUGCCAGUAUUUUUGGCUUUCUGUUCUUCAAACCCAUACAGAUGAUUCGUAAUUUACGUGAGGCUUAAGGACUUGCACAUAAAGCCAAAAUUACGUACAGCCAAAACAACCCUAAAACCGCCCCUGCAAGACCACCCCUACUGUUCUGGAGCUGGUGCACCAAGCAGGCCUUGCUCCCUAUGAAAGGCAGAGUGCUUUUAAGCUUUCCGCCUUGCUUACCAGGCUCUGGGAGGCUCUCGUGCCUUUCCCUGGCUAUAGUUUAAAGGCCAAUGGAAUCGGCAAUCUCAUUUAGAACUUUAAGUUGUGGAUUAGCCCCCUCCACAGGUUAUGGUCCACUUAACUUCAAACGUGUUCUCCAUCCAACAGUAUUCAAUUGUCCCAUGUGGAUGAACUCCACUAACACUUCUCAAAUUACCAAGUAAAACAGCAGGCCAACUAGAGCACAUCUAGACCAAUGAAGAAGGAAGACCAUAAUUCAAAAGAUUUUAACAGCCUUCAUUUAUUUAUGUCUUAACAGUGCUUUUUAAAAAAACUGAAUAAAUAAACUUUAGUCACCCCCCAAUAAAGUUUUUAGAGUACCACAAAAUGCAUGAAAUCCGCUUACAGUAGCCCUCAGUAAUAUUUUAUAAAGCUAUUUACUCGACUAC